ACCUUGUCACUUGUCAGAUAAACUAUACUCAUUUAUUUGUUUAUUAUUUUCAAUAUUGGUGAUUUGGAAUAUUGGAAUAAGUGUAGUUAGAGUUUAGGAUUGAAUCAAUUUCUUCGAGUUAACGCCUAAUGAAAAAAUAGUGAAAACUUCUACGUUUUAAUAUUUUUUAAACCAUGGCUCAAAAUACUCCCAACAUAAAUGUAGCAUCUAUGAAACCCAAUAGUUCUUCUGUUAUGGUAACAUCAACUAAUCUUCCUACAGGAAUUAUUUUCAAGAAUAAAGCCCUCCUCACAAAUAUAAAUUGUUGGCAUAAAUUCAUAAUAAACAAUGCUGAGAAUAGUUCUCGUAAUAAUGUUUUGAGAGCGAUUUUGGACCACGUACACCCUUUGGAUUUGAUACCAGUUUCAUUUUAUACUGACAACCUUGGAUCCUAUUUUUUAGCUAGAAAUUGCGGUCCAGCAAUCCAAAAAUUGUGCAAUGAUAAUUUAGUUGUACCUAAUCCCAGAAGUUCAAGACCAUAUAAAAUAUCCAUCAUCCUCAAAUUUUCAACCACAGGGGAAUUCAAAAUAGAUGUUCAGAAAAAUAUAAUUAGUAGUCUAACGAGGCGAUAUGAUGUAACUAAUAGAACUCUGAAUAUGGUUAAAAUACAUGAGGAUCCUGAACUGACGGAGUUCUGCCCAAUGUCCCAACCAAAAAUUAUGUUCUUUUUGUUACACCUAGCAAAAAAUCUGACACCACCUCCAGAAAAAUAUUUGAUGAAUGAUAACAGGAUAAAAAUCCUGAAUCCUAUGGAAGCACUCAGUGGUAUCGUUAAAACAGUAACUUGCUUGGAUCUCAGGAAUAAUUUGAUUGAGGACUUGAACAUUUUGCAGCCCCUUAAAGUAUUCCAGUUGAAGGAGUUAUAUCUAGAUGGCAAUCCACUUUGUGAAAAAUAUGGAUAUGAAGAAUAUGUUGAAGGGGUAAAAAAUUACUGUAAACACUUGGAAAUAUUGGAUGGAAUCACUGUGAAGCUGGCUGGUUUUCCUUCACCCAAAAAAAAUUAUUUUUGCGAUGCAGAUGGGUUAGAUGUUGUCAAUCAAUUUUUGGAACGUUACUUUAUGGUUUAUGAUUCCAACAAUCGUAAGAUGCUUCAAGAGCUUUAUCACAAGAACGCAAUGUUCUCCCUCAAUAGUUUUUAUUACAAUGGCCAGUUUUCCUCUGCAACAACAAGGUUAUAUAGAUAUAAUAAUAUUUCUCGCAACCUACACAAGAUGGCAGAUUUUUCUCAUAAUAGCAGAUAUUUAUUUCAAGGCAACAUUAUGAUAACAAACACAUUAUGCGGUUUGGCACCUACAGAACAUGAUCCUUUCUCAUUUUGUGUUGACUUGAUGUACCACACUCAUCGUUGUGCCAUCAUUGGUGUGACUGGUAUAUUUAAAGAAUCUCCGGAGACCUUACUGGAUUCAGAGAAAUUCUACGGAUUCAGAAGAACGUUUGUGCUGGAAAUUGUUAACGGUGAUGGACUGUGCCACAUUGUUAAUGAACAACUGCACAUACACAAUGCUUUUUCUUUUCAAAUUGUCAACUCUUUCAAACAAUCAAAGACUGUCAUACCAAACCAGAUGAGACUGCCACAAACAGACAAAGAACAACAGCAGGUUGUUGAUACAUUGAGAGUCAUCACCAAUUUGAAUGCAGCUUGGUCAAAAAAGUGUCUGGAAGAAUGCCAUUAUGACUUGAAGAAGGCUCUAAUUUUUUUUACUGAGUUGUAUAAAGCAGAUAAAAUUCCAAAAGAAGCUCUUUGUGGAAACAAGAAGAAUUCUUGAUAUUUAUCAAAUGACAAUUUUGAUAAAGGUUGUACUACUGAAAACCAGAAAAAGUUGGAAGGUUAGGUUAUAAUGAAUGACGAACCAAUCUUUAUAGUUGUAAAAACAAAACAAACUUUUGAUAAUUUGUUUUUUUUUAUGGAAUAGUACCCAGCAAAAUUUUAAUUAUUCAUUUAAAUUGAUUAGUUGGCAGGUUUCCUCACUUUUGGCCAUAUUUUUUGAAACUGCGGCAGAAACGUCAUUACUUUUUUUAUUGUUUGGUAGUUACUGUCUUCUACUAAAAUGACUAUUUUUAAUACAUAUUGUAAUGAAGUCGACGAAGUAAUGCAAUAAGAAUUUCUACAUUGAAUAGAAAUGAUGGUGUUUUGAUGUGUGACUUCAAAGGAAUAUAAAUAGGAUUUCAAUUGAAAAUAUGUGCUGAAAAUAAUCAAUAUUUCCAAA